AUGCCGCGCCUACGCAACCCAUACAUUCCGCGAUUCUUGCAAACCCUCGCCUUCCAGACUGCGAUCCGAUGCUACACGCAAACCCGCCAAUUUGCGGACUGUCCGACGAUACUGGGACUUGCCACCGCGGAUGCCUUUCGCUACACAUCGGGAAGAUGGCUUUACAAUGAGAAGCAGAGGCUGGACGAGAGAUAUUUCGAAUUCAACAUUACCGCCCUUGUCGAAGUUGCUGCGAAGUCCAUCGGCCGGAAAAAAGAUGAUGUUCAAGCGAUCCACAAAAUGGCUGAAGGACGCUCCAACCGAGUCUUCGAGUUAACUAUGAGGAAUGGCCUUCACUUGAUCGCUCGUCUUCCAUAUCUCUCGACCCAGCCAAAGAAACUUGCAAUCCCGAGCGAAGUCGCCACUAUGGAUCUUGUUCGCAGACAUGGUGUCCCUGUGCCUGUUGUCCGUGGAUACUCUGGGGACAGCGGCAAUCCUGUUGGUGCCGAAUACAUCAUCAUGGAUAAAGUCCAGGGUCAAAACCUCGCGGAAGUCUGGUACGAUUUAUCCGAACAGGAGAGGCACAAAGUCUUGUCUGGAAUCGUAAUGCAGGAGGCGAAGCUCUUCGGUAUACCACUGCCAGCUUAUGGCAGUAUAUUCUACGAGAGAGAUGCGCCAGACCAUAUGCAAAGCACCGGAAUUGAGGGCCACGAUGGCCGGUUCUGCAUAGGCCCAGAUCUAUCGCUCGAGCACUGGUCUGGAAUGCGGAGUAGGCUUGAGAUACCGCAAGGUGUCUUGAUGACGCCACUUCAGGUUCUUGAGUUCGCUGCGAAGAAAGAAAUCUCGUGCAUGCGCGCAUUUGAAAAAUGGCGGUACCCAUCUGCCCGUGUAUACCGAGAGGUCACCAACAACUACAAGAAAGUCGAUCCCAGCGAACAUCUUGCCAAUCUCGAAUCUUUCCUCGCCAUCGCCGCGCAUCUUGUACCCAAGCAAAAAUGGGACUGGGUGCACAAGCCAGUGCUUCGCCACCCUGACAUGGACCCCAGCGACAUCCUCAUCGAUGAUGAUUGCAACAUUAACUAUGGGAAUGAAGAGUCGGAGAACUUGAAAAAGCCAGUACAUCCUUCCGGUCUAGACGAAAUGAACGAGAGGGGUCGAGCAGAGGCCCUAGCGCUCUAUCGUCGCCGUCAUACGCACUACACUUACAUGGAGGCCACCAAGGAGCUUCUCAAUCCUCAUUACGCAGCGAUGAUGGGUGACAAGGCCUUGGCUCUGAGGAAGAUCUACCAUCAUGCCCGCGAGCCGUGGGAAGGCAGCAACAUUCCCCUCAAAGCCGAUCUUUUGGCAGCAGCAAAGGGCUGGGACGAAUUGACUCGAAGUGGGCUACUUCACGAUGCGACGCCUCCCGUGUGUCCCAUUCGGUUUGAAGAGCAGGAGUUUCAAGACACUAUGGAUAAACUUCGGGAACAGGAGAAGAUGGACCAAGCAAUAUACAUCUACCGGACUGUGAUUGAUUGCAGCCUGGACGGAUGGGUUCCACAUUGGGCUUACGAGGAGUCUAAAUCCCAGGUUGCUCAGUGGAAGAAGAUGUGUUUGGAAGAUGCGGAAGAUGGCUUCGAGCGUCGUAUGUUGGAGAAGCAUUGGCCUUUUGACGAUUACGACGAGGAUGAGUAG